AUGAUUUUUUUUCCACUGUACAAUAUGUAGUAUGCACUUACGUAGAAGCAAACCUAUAUGACAGAAUAAAGGUGACAUAGUAAAAUAACCAAGCAUAGAAGGAGCAUUACAACUGCAUACAUCACAGAAUCAGGCCUAUAUGACAAAAUAAACACAAGAAAAGGACAAAAGGACCGGAAACUGCAUAGCAACGACUCGCAACAGAAAACAACAACAACACAGAACGCAAACAAGACACUUUGGAAUUUCAAAAUGCUCAAUGAGCGUGACUGACAAAAAGAGCAACAAGAGAAACAAUGAAUGGCAAAGACUGACAGAAAGCAGGCAACUAAAUACAAGAUAAUCGACGAGACGAUUGGUACACCCGGAGCACACACACACACGAGUGACUGAGAACAGGCGGGAACAAAAACGUGAUGAGCAAGACAAGGGACAUUGAAAAUAUGAAACAAACAUUCCACACCAAAUGCUAGUUUCUCUUGAAUUUUAUGUAACAAUAACAAUGCAGUUUGACACCAAUGCGGUCUUAAGAAAAUGUCAUCACGCAGUAAAAUUUAUGGACAGCAUUGUCUGUUACGUAAGCUGGGGUCAUAGUACGCUGUUUUUAUACUGCACUCAUCGUAUAUUUUCAUAAAUAGCUCAGUACCGGCCACCACUCGGAUCCGUGUUUUGUUCAAGAUCACUGGGUUCUUUUGAAAGGAGGAGUCUGGUAAAAAUAAAUGCAGCACCAGCUCAAAUUUCUAAGUGACUCUUGUGGAAUUGAGACAGUUUAACUGGGUGCUUCACGUGAGGAUAUGGAUCGCACUUGACUUGAGUACAGUUCCUCAACUACAUAUUCCCUGAACAUGAGCACUUUUGGAGAUAUCCUGCAGAACAUUGGGGAAUUUGGAACUUUCCAGAAGCUCAUCAUUUGUGCACUGAGCUUCCCAAAUAUUAUUUUAGGUUUUGUGUUUGCCUGCGUAUUUUUCAUCCAUUCCGACCCGGAGCGACAUUGCAACACGGAUUGGAUCCUCAAGGCAGACGCUAACCUGACGUGGGAAGAGCAGCUGAACUUGACCGUUCCUCGGGAGCACAAUGUUUUUUUUAGCAGGUGCCGCAUGUUUGUGCCGGUGGACUGGGACAUUGGAACCAUCAGGGAGCAUGGACUCAAUAAGACCACGGUGUGUCAGAAUGGUUGGGUGUACUUGGACACCAUGUAUGAAGCUACGAUAAUCACGGAUUUUGAUCUUGUGUGUGACCGGGCUAAUUUACUACAAGUGGCACAAACAGUGAUGAUGUCUGGAAUUUUGCUGGGCUGUCUCUUAUUCGGACCUUUUGCCGAAUCGUUCGGUCGCAUACGAGCGGCUCAGAUUCCAGUGGUCGUCGUCCUGGUUUUUACCGUCACCAGCGCAUUGUGCCCCAACUACCUCCUGUUUCUGCUAUCCCAGUUUUUGAUGGGCCUUGGCUAUGGAGGUUUUCGGCUCAACGGCAUUAUAUUGGCCACAGAGUGGAUUGGUACAUCCAAAAGGUCAUGGGGGACAUGUGCAACUCAGCUAUGUGGUGGAAUUGGACAGGCCAUUCUCGCUGGUCUGAUCUACGUUGUCAGAAGUUGGCGAGUAGCUCAGCUUAUCACUGCAGCUCUAUUUGCGGUCAUUGCUAUUUAUAUAUGGUUCCUUCCAGAGUCUGCCAGGUGGUUGUUGGAAAGAGGGAGGACAGAGGAGGCUAAAGAUUUGCUCAUAAAGGUGGCAUCUAUCAAUAAACGCAGAUUUUCAGACUCUCUCCUGGAAAAGAUUGCUGUAAAAGACCCAGAAAAAAAGAGCAACAUUUUAAUGCUUAUCCAGUCGCCUGUGCUUCGUAAAUAUUUCUUUGUGAUAUUAUUUACGUGGUUCUCAUUGAAUGUUGCAUACUACUGCAUUUCAUUCAAUGUGGGCAAUUUUGGCUUGGACAUAUUCUUGACCCAGCUUAUUUUUGGACUGACUGAAAUACCAGUUCAUCUGAUUUGCGUCUGGCAAUUGGAAGCAAUCGGAAGAAGAGUAUCUUUAUUGUCCACAAUUCUGGUUGGAGGCGUCUUGUGUAUAUUGAUCCUCGUGUUUAUUCGAGGAAAUCCUGUUGCUGUUACGAUACUGGCCACCUCAGGACGCUUUGUAACCAAUUGGGCUGCAAGCAUAUGUAAUAUUUAUGUGCAAGAGUUAUUCCCAACUUCUUGUCGACAAACAGCAUCUGGUUUGGGGUCCAUUUCAAGUCGGGCUGGUGGUCUUAUUGCUCCAUUGGUCAACAUGUUAGCAAUCUACCACUGGUCCUUAUCCAUUGUAACCUUCAGUGGCCUUCUCCUGGUCAGUGGGGGUCUCUGCUUCAUGCUUCCUGAGACACGAGGGAUAGAGUUGCCAGAUUCAUUUGAUCAGGCUGAAAGCAACAGGAACAAGAAAGCAACAAAGAAAGAGAGUAACUCAAAUAUUAUCCACAUUGAAUCAAAUUGACUGUGAGAUAUAUUUAAUUGUUAGUCCUUAUUUGGCACCAUUGGCUUUACUGGAACUUAAUGUUUUACUUCCCUCAAGUUAUCUUUUGACAUUAACUGUUGAUAACAGACAAUGCUAGCUAGCUUCAAACCAUGUAGGUUACAAAGUAUUUCAAUGUUACUGUGAUUGUUAUGCUCAUUUUGGUGAAGGAUUUUAAACUGUGAAAUGUAUAGGUUCACCCAGAAAUGAAAAGUCUUGUGAAUAAAAAUCAAAGUGCAGUUAUUAUUUUUAUUAUCUUUAAACCAUGUUUGAUUAAAACGUAUUCAUGCUCAA